CUUGGGAUUUUCCCCUUCUUUUCUUGAUAAGCAACAAGAUUUGGGGCUUAGAAUCUUCCCUCUCAACCCAGGAAAAAAAAAUCCCAGAUCUGCUCUCUUCCUUCUGCCGCGAGCCCCCGUUACCACCACCCAUUUCCGGCCGGGAACACCGGUAAAGCUUGGGGAUUUCUCCCUAUUUUCUUGUUCUAGAACAGCUAUUAAACCCAGAAUUUCCAGAUCUGUUUGCUCUGCGUCUUCCUCCCUUUGCUGUCCGCCAAUUGCCAAUGGGUGGGUGGCGAAAUUUUCGGGUUAUUUGGUAAGAUUCAGCCAAGAAAUCAUUCCUUUAGCUUUAAUUCAAGUUGGGUUUACUUUAAUUGCUUGUAUUUCCCUCAAUUUUGAGGUUGGCCAUGAGCUUCUUCUCCAAAUCCGUCCGCUUCCAUGUUCGCCGGAACCGGCCUUUGCUUGCCGGAAAAUUCUGGUUCCUGAUCGUUCUGUCAAUUCAGUACUGAGAUGAGCCUUUGGUUUUAAGCGAGUGAGGUAGUAUGACCUAAGACAUGGAAAUCAAGGGGAGUGACGAGCUAAUUGGCUAGUUAUUGCAUUUGGAUAUAGAUUUUGAGUUUAGAUUGUCCUUAUCAUGUGUUCGAUGAAACCUGCUCAAAUGCUCAAGUUUACGAGCUUCUUACCAGGGAUUUAAUUCAUGUUGCGGUUGAAGGGUUCAAUGGUAUUCUUCUUUUCCCCAAAUCGUCCAAAUUUGUUCAAUCACUAAGAUUUUGCUUUAAGCCUUUAGGUUCUCUUUGUAUUUUGUUUGGAUUUGGGAAAGCAUCACAGGUUGUUUUUGAGAUAUCGGAGAAAUUAAAAUGUUUGAUUUGAAUUUCGUAACCUUAAAACAUUUUCCUUUUGGUUGGAUUUUUUCGACUUUGUUGGAAGACUUGCUAGUUUGGGUGACACUGACAUGGAAAUGUUGCUGGGUUGGCGAUGAACCUAGGCGCCUAGAAGGCACGAUGGAGGUGCGUGGUGGCUUAGAGGCAAUGGAUCUGGGACCAAAAGUCAUGGAUCUACAAGAAAUAUGCAAAUGCGACUGUAAAUCCAAGGAAAAUAAAAAACAAAAAUACCAGAUCGUUGCGUCGGAGAAAGGGGCAAACUCACCGUCAACGUCACCAGCGGCAAAAAGGGGGCUCGACGUCAAAAAGCAAGAAUACCGACGACAAUGGCAAGAACAAGGCUGGAGAGCGAACCAGAUCGCCGCAACAGAGGAAGAAGAAGAAAUGGGGAAAGAAAAGGGGAUAUGGGGAUUAAACAUCGGUUUUCAAAACUAUGCAUGUAGCCUUGAAGGUGACUUCAACAAGUAUGCCUCCAGCCAUCUAUUAAUCAAGGUGCAUCUGAUGGUUGACAACAAGCUAAUGCUGCAAGACAAAAGGCACCACUAUGGUUGGCAUCAAUACAUAAAUCUGAUAAGAUAUAAGAAUAACAUGGGAGGUGACGUAAGCAACACCAUGCUCCCUCAUCUAACAACUCGAAGAAGGAGGAGGAAACCUAAAGACCUUUACUAGACAUUGAAGAAAGAACUUUCACACUAGACCCAUGUCUCUAAAUGGAGGCACAGAGGCACAGGGGGGAUGAUUAAGCAUUCAAGCAUGGAGGCAUGGGCAGAUGCUGCCUCUAUAGACAAAAUCAAUUUAGGCAUGGUUG